GAGGGCUUAGUUUUGCAUGUUCCCAUCCAUCCUGCACGACGCGAAAGGGCCCCUUAUCCACCUCUCCUGUGUACGAGGAACACCUCCACUGGUGAUCAGCCUUCGCCCGUGUUUGUCUUGCGGAGAAGCAGCAGCAGCGGCAGCAGCAGCACCUUUUCUGCAGGAGUGGGGUUUUUUUUUUUAACUCAACAAGAAGUCCUGAAGGUUUUGGAUGCGGGUGCUUCAGGGAUGUGGGCACUUUGAGAGCAGCAGCAUCAUCACCCGCAAACACAAACAACUCACAUCGAUUUUUCUGUGAAUAGCACAAAAAAAAAGAAGAAGAGAAAAAGACCUUAAAAAAAACAAAGAGGAACACUAGCAAGACAAAAAAAAAAAAAAUAAAACCUUGUCUAUUGAACAAUUCACUUUUGCAGUCUGUGGAUAUCGCUCUAACUAAGUGCAGCACUUUGAGAAUUGUUCACAUCGGACGGACUGAAGAGGGAGGCAAGACCUGUGGACCGGGUUUGUCCCUCGCAACUGUGAAUCGGCUGCUUAUCCCGUGACAACUGCGACGCGCACAACAAAAAAAAGAAGAAGCAACCCUGAAGGAUAAACACGCUUGGACGUUUAUUUUCCGCUAAUUUUCGCAGGAGGCUCUUUUUUCCACGCAAAUUGUCCUAAAUGUUUGGGAUUCAGGAAACUAUACCGCGCGGUGGGACGACGAUGAAGGAGGAACCGCUGGGUGGACUGAACUCGGUCCGCUCCUGGAUGCACACAGCUGGGGUGGUGGACGCAAACACAGCCGCCCAAAGCGGUGUCGGCUUGGCACGGGCACAUUAUGAAAAGCAGCCCCCUUCCAACCUCAGAAAAUCCAAUUUUUUCCAUUUCGUCCUGGCGCUGUAUGACAGGCAGGGUCAGCCCGUGGAGAUCGAAAGGACAGCUUUUGUGGACUUUGUGGAGAAGGAAAAAGAACCAACCAGUGAAAAAACUAACAAUGGGAUUCAUUACAAACUACAGUUAUUGUACAGCAAUGGCGUCAGAACAGAACAGGAUCUUUACAUACGGUUAAUCGAUUCCAUGACGAAGCAGGCCAUAAUUUAUGAGGGCCAAGACAAGAAUCCAGAAAUGUGCAGAGUUCUUCUUACUCAUGAAAUUAUGUGCAGCCGAUGCUGUGACAAGAAAAGCUGUGGAAACAGGAACGAGACUCCAUCAGACCCUGUGAUCAUUGACAGAUUCUUCCUAAAGUUCUUUCUCAAGUGCAAUCAGAACUGUCUGAAGAAUGCAGGGAAUCCACGAGAUAUGCGCAGAUUCCAGGUUGUCGUAUCGACGACCGUCAAUGUGGACGGCCACGUCUUGGCUGUCUCCGACAACAUGUUCGUACACAACAAUUCCAAGCACGGGCGAAGGGCUCGCAGACUCGACCCUUCAGAAGGUACGCCUCCUUAUCUGGAGAAUGCCACCCCGUGCAUCAAGGCUAUCAGCCCCAGUGAGGGAUGGACCACCGGAGGAGCCACUGUCAUCAUCAUAGGGGACAACUUCUUUGAUGGCCUACAAGUCGUGUUCGGCACCAUGCUCGUAUGGAGUGAGCUCAUAACUCCCCACGCCAUCCGCGUCCAGACUCCACCUCGGCACAUCCCCGGUGUUGUGGAAGUCACGCUGUCCUACAAGUCCAAGCAGUUCUGCAAAGGUGCCCCUGGGAGAUUUGUCUAUACUGCCCUGAAUGAGCCGACCAUCGACUACGGCUUCCAGAGGCUGCAGAAGGUCAUCCCCAGACACCCCGGCGAUCCUGAGAGGUUACCAAAGGAGGUGUUACUGAAGAGGGCGGCCGAUCUCGUUGAAGCCCUGUAUGGAAUGCCCCACAACAAUCAGGAGAUCAUUCUGAAGAGGGCAGCUGACAUCGCCGAGGCCCUGUACAGCGUUCCCCGCAACCACAACCAGAUCCCCUCGCUCGCUAACACAGCCUCCCACGGCAUGAUGGGAGUCAACUCCUUCAGCAGCCAGCUAGCAGUCAAUGUGUCUGAGUCACAAGGGAAUGACCAAGUGGGCUACAGCCGGAACACCAGCAGCGUGUCCCCCCGGGGCUACAUCUCCAGCAGCACCCCGCAGCAGUCGAGCUACAACACCGUCAGCAACAGCAUGAAUGGCUAUGGCAAUGCCGGUAUGAACCUGGGAGUGCCAAGCUCCCCUGGGUUCCUCAACGGAUCCUCUGCCAACUCCCCAUAUGGAAUUAAACAAAAGAGCGCCUUCGCCCCUGUGGUCCGACCCCAGGCCUCCCCACCCCCCUCCUGCACCAGCGCCAACGGCAACGGACUGCAAGGUGAGCCCCCCUCACCCCCUCAUCCCUUCCCCACGGACUACUGGUCAGAUACCGCUGCUCAGGCCUCUGUCCGGUUUGCCAUGUCCGGCCUGGUUGUCCCUCCAAUGUAAAUGCACUUUCAUCAUCUCAAGCACCAGUCUACCACUUCAGAGGAACCCCCCCCCCCCCUCCCCUGAACACACCACAAAAACGCUGGUGUAAUGUAUAGUCAACCGCUCGUUUUGGUUUUUUUUAAAGAUGAAGAACAAAAAAAAAAGAGAAGAUUUUUUUUUUCCUUUAAAUGACUUUCACCCACCUACAGAACAAAAGGAUUUCACAAGGAACAAUAUUUUUUCUGUGGGACUUUUUUUUUUUUUGUCGUCUGUAUUUUUUUCCCUCAAUUUUAUCACCCUUGAAGAGGACGCGGGAUGAAGAAGGGUUUAUUUUGUAUACCUGCCGGGUUGCGCCUCGGCCUCGGAUCUGUCCAAUCAUCCAACACAUUCAAUACUGGAAGGGACUCUGUGGACUCACCAUCUGGUUGUAAAGUAAAAACACUGAUGUACAGUACAUUUGCCAAUGAACUUGUUUGCCUCAGAAAUUGUUUUUGUUUCCUUUUUCUGUUUCAACUCUCUUUUAAUAGAUUCACAACAGUUGUGUGUCUUUAUAAUGUGACUUUUUUGUAUUUUUAUGUGUGAGGAAAAAUACACAGGGGCCAAGACAGUUUGAAUUUCAACUGGAAAAAUAUAUGAGAUAUAUAAUGUAGAAAAAUUGAUCAUAAAAGUACAACAAAUACGAGUUAAAAAAAAACAACGGGGUGGGCCUGGGCGGGUAAGGAUGUAUCAUGUUUCAUUCCUGCAUUUUAACUUAAAUUUUGUAAUUUAUUGUAGCUAGAAAUCAUCUUCAAAAGUAAAAAAAAAUCCACUUUGAUUCAACAAGCACACUGACGUGUACAAAACACUGCUCUGUUGAUGAAUAUGAUGUACUUCCAUGUCUAGAGCUUCCUUUUAAGCAAGUGUGUUUUGCCAUGUUUUUCAACUUUUUUGCUAGCACUGUAUAUUAAUGCAUUCCUAGGCUACUGUGAAGUCUGUUUCUUGUUGAUGAGGAGCAGUCUCCCCCUUCUAGCUCCAACUCCCUUAUGUGUUUUAUAUGUGGUUAAAAAUUGUAGACUAUUGUGAUAUUGCCAAACUUGUGCUAAAUAUUUAUACAUCUGUCUUUUUCAUGUUCUUUUAGAUCGACAAAAAAACAUUUAAAAAACAAAAAUUAAAAUCCAUCGAGAAUGUAGGAGUAUAGUAAUUCAUUGUCAUAUUUCUGUUCAAACACACACUUGCGCUCACUGAGGGAAAUUUUGUAACAUAUCAACUAUAAAUAAUGUAUUUAUCUCUGAAAUUUUGUAUAUUGCUUUUCAUUAUGUAUGUAUUAAUCGUCAUGCCCUUAAUAUAGUGAUGCAGCACAGAUAAUUCAGCCAAGAACUGUUGCCUUCAUUUGUUUUCUUUUUGUAUUUGAUGAAAUGCAAUGUGCAUAUAUUUCAUGUGUAUCCUCAAAAAAUUUGUGUUACUCCGUCAAGACUCUCUGUCCAUUUUUUUAAAGGGGAAGUCAAACUUCAUUGUUUAUUUUUAUAUUGAUUUUAAAUUAUCUAUACAGACCAUUUUGGAGAAAACUUUGUUGGUUGUAUUGUCAAAUAAAUUGUUUGUGACCCAUAUGAUAGUUGUUAAGAUCCAAUAGAGACUAAUGUGCAUGAGGGACAACCUUGGAGAUAAAAAAAACACUCCAUUUGUGGUUGUACUUUUUUUCUGUUUUGUAGAAUGUAUAGAAGUCAUUUUUACUCACCACUUAUGACUCUGCCACAUAGCUUACAUGUGUUUACAGGGAAGAAAAUUUAAAAAUGUCAACAUUUGGAAUGGAAACAGAAAUGAAUAAGUGAUGUUUUAUUAAAAUUUUCAGUAAAAACACAAUAGCUCAUCAACUGUGGACUUCUUCAGUUUCCAGUGCAGUUUGGCCGGCAGACAAACUGACGAUCAGGACAGAGACAGUAGAAACUUGGGGAGGACAAACCUGUGAUUCGUCUGUAAGUUGUCGUGUUUGCCAUGACUUUGCCAUAGAGAUAAUUGUUUGAUAACCUGUGGAAACGUGUAACAUCCAUAAAAGAUGAAA